AUGCCUGAAAGUUCAAGUGUUUACAAUUUCAAGCCCCUAGUUAUUCAUCGAGUAGUAUUGAAUCUUUCAUGCCCUUUACAGGCUAAUGGAAUGCUAGCGUAUUUUGUGACACUGACCACCUAUUUUGGCCUUUGGUGGUUUGGCAUAUUCAAUCCUUCAACUGUUUAUGAUCAUUUGGGAGAAAUAUAUUCUGCCCUUAUUUUCGGAAGCUUGGUUUUUUGCAUUUUAUUAUACAUAAAAGGCCAUGUGGCACCGUCUUCCACUGAUUCUAGCUCGUCUGGGAACAUCAUAAUUGAUUUCUAUUGGGGUAUGGAACUCUAUCCUCGCAUUGGUAAAAACUUCGACAUUAAAGUUUUUACAAAUUGCAGAUUUGGAAUGAUGUCUUGGGCAGUUCUAGCUGUAACCUAUUGCAUAAAGCAGUAUGAAGUGAACGGCAAAGUGGCUGAUUCAAUGCUUGUUAAUACCAUAUUGAUGCUGGUGUAUGUUACUAAGUUUUUUUGGUGGGAAGCUGGAUACUGGAGCACAAUGGAUAUUGCACAUGAUCGAGCUGGUUUUUAUAUUUGCUGGGGAUGCCUUGUAUGGGUGCCUUCUAUAUAUACUUCUCCUGGCAUGUACUUGGUCAAUCAUCCCGUACACCUUGGAACUCAGUUGGCACUCUACAUCCUAGUAGCAGGCAUUCUUUGCAUAUACAUCAACUACGACUGUGAUAGGCAAAGGCAAGAGUUUCGCAGAACAAAUGGCAAAGCUUUGGUUUGGGGUAAAGCUCCAUCAAAGAUAACUGCCACUUACACUACCACAACUGGGGAAACAAAAAGCAGCAUUCUUUUAACUUCGGGAUGGUACGUUUUCAGGCUCUCUUUCAUUCAUAACCACUAUGUCCCAGAAAUAUUAGCUGCAUUUUUCUGGACUGUUCCAGCUCUUUUUAACCACGCUUUACCCUACUUUUAUGUGGUGUUUCUUACAAUCCUUCUCCUCGACCGGGCGAAAAGGGAUGAUGAUCGGUGCCGAUCCAAGUAUGGAAAAUACUGGAAAUCGUACUGCGAGAAGGUUUGGUACAGGGUCAUCCCCAGAAUUUACUGAGAAAAUGUUGCACAAGUGUUUGUUCUAUGUUGAGAAUGGCAUGUAUAUUCAGCCUUUCCAAAUUAAAUGAUGGCAGGCUGGCAUCAUGUUGUUGUUAUUGUUGUUUUUGUAAUGGUCAACUUUAUGGAUGUUGUAUUUCUCUCAUCUUCAAUGACCAAAAACUUUUCUUGUUUAGGAAAAUUACUAUAAAGUUUUGUUUCUAUUUUUCAUUUUUGAAGUAAAAAUUGUUCAAGAUUAUAAAA